AUGGAGGGCGGCGAGCUCUCGGUGGCGAGAUCCGACAACCUUGGAGCCCGCUAUGAAAAGCGGUCCAAAGACAAGAGCCUCUCCGAGAAGGAGCGCGAGGCGGCACUGUACUUCACCUAUGCCGAGAAGCAUAUGCAUGAGGAGCAGGCCGAUGAGGCGCUGAAGCACACAGAGGAGGCCCUGAGCCGCUUUCGGCAGCUGGGUGAUGAAACAGGGAUCGCGGAUAGCAUCCGAAUCAAGAUCCACGUCCUUUGCUUCAAGGACAGGCGGAAAGAGGCCAACCUGGUGGCAAAGGAGGAGCUUUCCAGAAUCCGCUCUCAGAAGGACCGACAAGGGGAGGGCAAAAUGUUGCUUUCCCUGGCAGAGGUCAACACAGAGCGCCGUGGCUACAAAAACCGCCAGGAAGCACGGAUCUGGGCAAACGAGGCUCUGGACAUCUUCCGGAUGAGUGGCGACAAGAAGAUGGAGGCGUACACCCUGAUCUGCUUGCUGAACAUCAACAUGAAGUGGCGAGGGGACAAGAGCAUCAGCUGCCAAGAAGGCCUCGACUGUGGCCUGCUGGCCAGGAGUAUCUUCCGCAGCAUCGGGGACAGGCGAGGCGAGGGCCUGGCCAUGCACGGCGUCGCCGUGGCCCACGUCCGCGCGGACAUCAACGACGUGGUCCUGCAGGGCGCCACGGGCGGCUGGCCCGCCGCGGCCGCCGAGGCGGCCAAGCUUUUUCGAGACAGCGGCUACCUGAAAAUGGAAGCCUUUGAGCAGGUCUGUGUGGCCCAGUGGACUUUGGGUAUCAACCCUCGGAAGGCCAUGAAGCUGGCCGAGGAGGCCAUGAAGCGCUGUGCGGAGCUCCGCAGCCGGCAGGAGUCGGCCGCCCUCAGCGUAUUGGUGCAGGCGCACCUGCAGCUGAAGGACCGAUCAAAGAAUUGGAUGAACGAAGAAGCUGCGAAAGCUGUGCAGUUGGCCAAGGAUGGCUACGACCGCUUUCGAGAGUUGGGCGAAAGGUUUGGACAGGCCUCGGCUUUGCACGCGCUCGUCCUGGCGCACCAAGCACGGGACGAGAAGACUCUGGCUCUGCAGGCUGCGGAGCAGGCCGCUGACAUCUACAAGGAAAUCGGCGAGAAGGGUGGAGAGACGGCGAUGCUGCUCAUCCUGUCCCAGCUGCAUCUGGAGACGGCCCGACCAGAGAAGGCCUUCCAGGUGGCGCAGGAGAUUGCCUCCAUGGAGGUCUCGCUUCAUGAGACCGCGAUCGCCCAGGAAACCGUGUACGAGGCUUUCCUUCAGCAGGGUGACCUGGAAGAGGCCAUGAAGACGGCACAGGAGCUUGUGAGUCUUUGCAAUGACAAGAACGACAAGAAGCGCGAGGCCAUCGCCCGGCUCAUGGUGGCCAACAUCCACUACACACAGAAGGACUUCACGCAGGCGGUGAUGGUCUCGCGAGAGGCCCAAGCGCUUCUGCAUGACAUCGGUGCUUAUGCCGACGAGGCCUCCGCGCUGCGCAUUGUGGCCGAGGCUUACCUGGCAAAUGGCGAGCUCCCGCAGGCGCUCAAGGCUGCCGAGAGAUCCGUGCGCCUCUUCCGCGGCAAGCAGAAGGACUCCGAGGAGGCCCAGUCCCUCCAGGUGGUGUCGACGAUCAAGUUGCAGGUCCUGGCACAGGACAAGAUCCGGGCCCAGCGCGGGUCCCCGGCCUUCGCGUCGGCACUCAGCGAUGCAGAGCAGGCAGCCGAAGCUGCCAUUGCCUUUGCGCGAAGCAAGCGCUUCCAUCAGCAGCUGGGGCAGGCGCUGCUGAUCUACGGCCAGGUGCAGCUCACGGGCCUCCGGUGCGACGAUGCCCUCAAGACAGCCGAGGAGGCCAUGGCCAUCUUCGAGGAGCUCGGCAGCGAGCGGGACAAGGCCAAUGUGAUGUGCCUGGAGGCAGACGCUCACUUCACCAACGGCAAUGCCAACAAAGCCUUGGUGAUUGUCAACAAGGCCCUGGCCAUUUUCCAGGAGUACCGGGACUCGCGAGGCGAGUGGAUCGCGAUGAAUAUCCUGGAACAGAUCACCGGGCCGCCUGAGGAGCAGGCCCUUCCUGGCAACGAGUGGACGCCAGAGCAGUGGGCAGAAUGGCAACGUUGGCAGCAGCAGCAACAGCAGCAGCAGGGUGGGGCGCAAAUGCCUCAAGCUCUGCAGCGGCAGCAGCAGGAGCCGCGGGCAAGAAGGAGAACAGAUCCCGGCCAGAAGUUGGACAUCGCCAACGUCAGCACAGACACGGUGCGAAAGCGUGUCGAGGAGAUCGUGAGGUUUACAGCCGACUUAGACGACUCCGAGCAGAUCGAUCUAGACCAGCCGUUGAUGCAGGUGGGCGUCACCAGCCGAACAGCUGUAGGCCUGCGCAACAUGCUCAGCGAGGAGAUGCCCGGAGUGGACCUGCCCUUCACCCUCAUUUUCGACUACCCCUCUGUGGCAUCCAUUGCUGAUCACGUCAUGGCCGGGGCCUCUAUGGGAUGCCGGUUCUCACGCUCCGCACGCGGCGAUUUUCAAUGUCAUAACGAGAAUGACCUCUCGAUCGCGCUAACACUGAAGGCUCUUGAACCGAUCUGA